AGAACAACAACCAAAGGAAACAUACCCCUAGGUAAUUUUUCACAAUUGAUUGCUGUCAAAAGUAUUCACAUGAAGAUUUUUAAAUAUUACCUGAUCUAGGUAAUUGCUAUUGUCAUGGCACCUCUUACUAGCGAACCCGAUGCUAUUCGGGUUGUGCUUAAUCCCGCUCGACGCAGAGUAUUCUACAAACUUGUCGUCGAGAUCGCGGUCUACAUGCGAUCACAGCUGGAACUGCCUUACAGUCCCAACGGUUCCCCCUUACUUUCUUCUUCUUCUCCUUCUACUUCUCCUUCUUCCUCAGAGCGACCUCCACCACCGUAUUCCGAGACAGCAGAUGCGCCUUUAUCCGCGCCCCGCACUAAUAUUCGGGAUUCCGAUCCUGCGCCACCAGCGCACCCCCCAAGGCCGCAAAGAACGCCUCCUAGCCCAGCCCUCUUCAGACUGCGUAAAGCAGCGUUGCUGCACUAUGACUCCUGGCGCGACGAGACCAUCGCUAAGCUCAGGGAACUCCUGGCUAAGCUCGACGAUCAGAAAGUCGUCGACGCUCGGCGUAAGCGCGCCGAGGAGAUAAGCGCCAAGGCCAGGCAGGGGCCGUCCGAUGGCGAGGACUUGCUGAGUUUCGACGACAACAGCAGGGCCACCACCCAGACCUCUAUCAAACCAGCGUUGCCGCCCCGGUCGUCCUCGACCGGGCCGACGAGCCUGGCUGCCUUCCAGACCUUGUACCACCCCAUCCCCACGCGGCUGACUACGGUUCCCAUAGAGGACCGCAAGGAGGUCCUGAGCGCCACGAUGAUCCUCUUGCUGUCCAUGGGCAACUACUCGGCGUACUCGCGCACGCUGGUCUGCUACCUCACGGCUGCGCUCGAGAUCCCGCCCGCCUUUCUCGACGCGGAGGAGACGGAGAUCGCGACUACCAUGGUCGAAGCUGCACGGAAGGCCACGGUGAGCGGGGGCAUGUCGGCGGAAGCCGAGGCGCAGAAGCGCAGGGAGCAGGGCCAGAUAAGCCGGUUUUUGAAAGUUGGACUGGCGUCGGUCGCGGGCGCUGCGAUUAUUGGUGUCACGGGAGGACUUGCUGCGCCGGCUGUCGCCGGUGUAAUCGGUGGUCUUAUGGGGUCCGUCGGAUUAGGCGGACUCGCUAGUUUCCUGGGAAUCUUCUGGAUGAAUGGCGCUCUGGUUGGUACGAUAUUCGGUGCCUUCGGCGCGAAGAUGACGGGUAGCAUGGUUGACCAGUACGCCAAGGAAGUGGAAGAUUUCAAGUUCUUGCCUCUGCGGGCGGAAUGGGGCGAACGCUGGUCUCACGAACAGGACAGUUCGGAAUCUCGAAGACUCCGUGUUACUAUUGGUAUAAACGGCUGGCUUACAGCCGAAGAGGACGUAACGAAACCGUGGCGGGCUCUAGGCGGCGAAACCGAAGUAUUCGCGCUGCGGUAUGAGAUGAAGAGCCUGAUGGCGCUCGGCGAUAAGCUUAAGGACCUAGUUGGCUCUGCUGCGUGGAGUGCCGUCAGAGCCGAGAUACUUCGCAGGACGGUGCUCGCAACCCUGAAAGGCGCGCUAUGGCCUAUCUUCCUCCUGAGCUCGGCCUCCAGUAUUGAUAAUCCAUUCAGCCUGGCCCGAAACCGAUCUGAGAAAGCCGGCAAGAUUCUAGCCGAUGCAGUAAUCAACAAGGUCCAGGGAGAACGGCCGGUGACCCUAGUGGGAUACUCGUUGGGAGCCCGUGUAAUCUACACUUGCUUACGAGUGCUCGCGGAGCGCAAAGCUUUCGGACUCGUAGACACCGUAGUCCUGAUCGGAGCGCCGGUCCCGUCCAACACGGAACACUGGAAGAUGAUGCGCACGGUGGUCUCGGGCAAGUUAUUCAACGUGUACAGCGAGAACGACUACAUCCUGGGCUUCUUGUACCGCGCGACGAGCAUGCAGCUCGGCAUCGCCGGGCUGCAGCCCAUCGCGGGAGAUAUCGAAGGAGUCGAGAACCUCGACCUUAGCAACGAGGUCACGGGCCACCUUCGCUACCCGGAGCUUACGGCCAAGAUCCUAGCGCGGUGCGGGUUCCCUGAUGUUCGCGGCGGCGCGGGCGCCAUCGAGAAAGACGACGGGAAGAUCGAGAUCGAGCUGCGCGACAAGGAUUGGGCUGAGACGGGUAAUUUGAUCGACGUUGAUGAUAAGCCAGAGCCCGCGAUGGAUACUUUUGAAACGAUGCCGCAUGAGAAGUUCGACCCGGCGGUGAAAAAUGUGUGGGAACUAAAGAGUGACGUUGGCGUGAGGGACGCGAAAAUAGAAGGGAAGAAUGAUACGAAAGAACCUGUUGCCGUAUUAACGCGGGCGGCUACUGUAGAAACUACGACUGCUACAGCAACUAUAGCGUCCGUGUCGAGCUUGACUGAGACACAUAAAGGCACCUCUGAAGGUUCUGCCUCUACUGUGUCCAGGUCGAUGAAUACGACUAUUAUCGAAAGUCCACCACCCGCCUACCGUAUCGUAUCGAAUACUAGUCAUGAUAAUGAUGAUGACUAUGAUUACGAAUCGGACGAGGAGGGCGGUGGGAUCAAGAUGGUGGAUAAUGACUCAGAUGGGGAGUUAACGUUCAUUGAGCCGCUGCGUAUUGAAGACUGAUUAUUUAUCGAAGUGUUGAGAGAAUGAUAUGUUCCUAUAUAGGAGGUACCCAACGAAAGAAGAGAAAUCAUGAUAUUGCGUCUUAAUUAGAAAUGCGAAAGGUCAGGCAGGUUCACCAGGAAUUCAUUUGGUAAGAUGUGUAA